AAAAUAAUAAUUUACAAGAUGAAUAAGAGAGAGAGACAGAGAGAGAGAGAUGGAAGUUGGAAGCUGAAAUGUUGAGAACCACAACUGAGAAAUUGGAUAGGAUAAGCAUUUUGAACCAUUUUGCAGUUUCCACACAAAAUUUUAAAAGAAAAAAAAAAAAAUUUGUUGAAAAAAAUUCCAAACUUUAACGUCAACUUCUAUCUUCCUACUCCUCACGUAUCAUUCUUCCCCCUUUAUCUCUUUGUUUCCUACCUGGGACAACCUUCAAAUUUGUUUUAUUUAUUCAUAACCUGUAGUUUGCGCUUUAUCUCCUCCCUUUGCUCUCUCUCUCUCUGUUUCCUCUUUUCCCUCUAUCUUUCUCUGAGUAAAAAAAAAAACGCCGGGACAAUGGAGAAUCAACGCAUUGCAAAGAUCUCAGCUCAUCUUUACCCUUCAAAUUCUCAGGUGGAAGACAAUUCUGGUCUGAGAAAGGAAAAUUGCAGAGCCAAAGGUGGAGCACCGGGUUUCAAAGUUGCAAUCUUGGGUGCUGCUGGAGGCAUUGGCCAGCCUCUUGCGUUGCUAAUGAAAAUUAAUCCGCUAGUAUCAGUUCUUCAUCUUUAUGAUGUUGUUAAUACUCCGGGAGUCACAGCUGAUAUCGGUCACAUGGAUACUGGCGCCGUGGUUCGCGGUUUCCUAGGGCAGGCACAGCUUGAGAGUGCUCUCUCAGGCAUGGACCUUGUAAUCAUACCUGCUGGUGUGCCUAGGAAACCUGGAAUGACGAGGGAUGAUCUUUUCAACAUCAAUGCUGGAAUUGUUAGGACUCUCUGUGAAGGAAUUGCAAGGUCAUGUCCUAGAGCAAUUGUUAACUUGAUCAGCAAUCCUGUGAAUUCUACAGUUCCAAUUGCAGCAGAGGUUUUCAAGAAAGCUGGCACAUAUGAUCCAAAGCGACUACUGGGAGUUACAACACUUGAUGUUGUGAGAGCUAACACUUUUGUUGCAGAAGUUCUAGGACUUGAUCCAAGGGAAGUUAAUGUUCCAGUUGUUGGAGGUCAUUCAGGAGUGACAAUCUUGCCACUUCUGUCUCAGGUUAAGCCACCCUCCUCUUUCACCCAACAAGAAAUAGAAUACCUGACUGAUCGCAUCCAAAAUGGUGGAACAGAAGUUGUUGAGGCAAAAGCUGGGGCUGGCUCUGCAACAUUGUCAAUGGCAUAUGCGGCUGUUAAAUUUGCGGAUGCAUGCCUUCGUGGAUUGAGAGGAGAUGCUGGUGUUGUAGAAUGUGCUUUUGUAGAUUCCAAGGUGACAGAACUUCCUUUCUUUGCAAGUAAAGUACAGCUAGGUCGUAAUGGAGCUGAGGAAGUAUACCAACUUGGGCCACUGAAUGAGUAUGAGAGGGUUGGAUUAGAGAAAGCGAAAAAAGAGUUGGCUGCAAGCAUCCAAAAGGGAAUUUCCUUUGUCAGGAAAUAAUGAUUCCAGCAGGAAAGCUUGUUUUGUAAUAUAUUGAUAGUUUUUUUUAUCACUAAGCCUUGUAGUAAGUGGUUGACUGUGUUUUGUAUCACUAAACCAGCUGGAGGAAAUGGAUUCUUAUGUGUUAGCUUAUCUCCAAACCAGGAAAUAUGGUAUAAAUUGUCACUAUAAUCAUUGGUCA